AUGGAGAGAAGUUUAUUAAGUGAUAAGGCUAUAUUGAGCCAUAUGCAGAAGGGAACAAUCACAAUCUCACCAUUCAUUAGAGAGAACUUGUCUACAAGCAGUUAUGAUGUCACACUUGGUCCAUACUACUAUAGAGAAACACUGCCAGAGGCUGGGCAAGGUAUCUACAACCCAUACAGUCAGACAAUGGUCAAUAGAGUAUGGGGACAGUAUCAGAUCGCUGAGAAGGCAAAGGUGUGGUCAGAGCGAUCAGGUAUCAAGCUGGAGAAUAUAGACGAUGAGGACUACAUCAUUUGGAUUAAGCCAGGCGAGACUAUACUCGGUCACACCAACGAGUUCAUUGGAGGCAACACCACAGUCACCACGAUGAUGAAGGCGCGCUCAUCGCUCGGUCGCAACUUUAUCGAGGUGUGCAAGUGUGCUGGAUGGGGCGACGUCGGCUACACAUCGCGAUGGACGAUGGAGAUCACCAACAACUCACUCAGCUACUCGAUCCCUCUGGUCGUGUUCCGUCGCGUGGCCCAGAUCAUCUUCUUUGACACCGAGGGCAUUGUCGGCCCAUCGUACGAGAGCAGCGGCAAGUAUCAAGUGUCCAACGACGUCGAGUCCCUGAGGAAGCAGUGGCAGCCAUCCGAGAUGUUGCCCAAGAUGUACAAGGAUCGCGAGAUCAAGAACAAGAAUCCAGUCUUCUCAAUCAGCGACUAUGGU